AUGGCCCACACUCGCAUCCAGAGGGAACUGCACGAGAUGGCCAAGGACCCUCCGAGCAAUUGCUCGGCUGGACUCAUCGACUCGGGCGACCUGUUCCACUGGCAGGCAGUCAUCGUAGGACCCGAGAACACACCUUUCGAAGGAGGGAUGUUCAACCUCAACAUCACCUUCCCGAAUGACUAUCCGUUCAAGCCGCCCGCGGUGCAGUUCCUCACCAAAAUCUACCACCCAAACAUCAACGACGUCGGCCACAUCUGCCUGAACAUCCUCGGGGCUCAGUGGUCGCCGGCACUGUCCGUCGCCAAGGUGCUGCUGUCCAUAUGCGUGCUCAUGUGCGAGCCGAACCCGGACGAUCCGCUCAUGCCGGACGUGGCGUCGGUGUACAAGAGCAACCGCUUCCAGUACAACGCCACCGCGCGCAAGUGGACCAAGGAGUACGCCAUGGAAUAA